GUGCGGUGGGAGUGAUAGAAGCGAGGAAGCAGCAGCCAGUUUGAAAAACGGUGGUAGCAUUAUUAAAAGUAAGAGAACUCUGAUGUUUAGUUGUCAGAGAGUUGUGACGUCCACAAAUAAGUCCACUUGAGUUUGUUAGGACAGUAGGACUCUAGCAUACAGUACACACACACACACAUUUACAUCCCUUCCUCAGCGGACCAUUACAGCCCCUUACAGACUAAACAUGAGGGGUAGUAACGGUCUCCUGUACGGAGGGACGUCCGGAUCAAACAGUACGGCCCCAACGUCGAACAGUCGUCGAGACAAAGGACGACGGAGCCCAAGCAAUAGCAAAAAAGGGUCGCAGCGACCACACAGCAGUAGUAUGCUCCCUCCACCGCCAGACCCUCCUGUUAUCAAUGCCUCCGACCUGUCCACUUCUACGGACAGUCUCGGUAACGGAGGAUACAGCAGUUUCCUUGGAUCUGCAAAUAAUGGACAUUAUCAAAGAGUCCCUCAGCCCUGCCCCGAGUCAGAUGCUGGGGAUUGUGACCAACUCGUUGAGGAUGUUACUGCACCAAAAGUACCGCCAGCACCACCGAUUUAUGGAGAUCUACAGAACCAACAGAAUCUGGAUAACCAAUAUAUGGAUCAUACUAGUUCCUGUUCUUCGGCGUCGAAUGAAUGUUGGGAUGACCCUAGCAACAUUUUGGACAAUUUACACAUGGUCACUAUGGCAGACGAUACGGCGAGCAGUACCUCAGAAUCCGAGGUCACUCAAAUUUGGGUCCCAGCAGCCAAUCAGACAGAAGAACAGCCAGACCCGAACAGCAAUCUGGCCAAUGGUUCAUGGCAAAUGGAUUUACCGCAUGGCAUUCUCAAGAACAGUCCCACGGGAUUGGCAAAUCACAAUGAUAACAGUCCAAGGAAUACUGGAAGUACGCCGACAGAAAUCGGAAAUGGAAGUGACGUAGGCUCAGACAAUAUGACCAGCGUCUCGGCUACCGGUGUAGGUAGUCGGACGUCGCUGGUCAAAAAAAAGGUUGUGCAUUCCCUGCCCCAAAAUAACACGGUGUUACGUUAUGAUCCAUCGACGGAGUUAACCGAAGCUUUAAUUAUAGGCCCAGAAGAAGGGAAAGGUGGCCAUAUUUCACACAAUGGUGACGCAGUAGGGAUCGGCCAUGAAUGUGAAGAUGAUAGCACACGACAUUUGGCGAAGUUCGAUAGCGAACCAUCAUCCCCAUCAUUCAGACGAAGAUCCAGCCGACCACCACCGACCGCCAGAGAACUGCUUUUUGAUAGUAUUAUGGCAAACCUGAGUGGCAUCUAUGGAAUGUUUUUGACAGUAAUGGGAGCUGUCAUACCAAUAUCUGAGGUUUUCUCUAAACCACAUCCGUUCCUUUUUGAGGGCUUCUACUUCUAUCUAUUUGGAAUGAGCAUAAUGUUCUUAUUGUAUGCCUACGUCUACAUUUUACACACCCGGACACUCGGAGGAAUGACAAAAUUUCGGAAAUCAGAAGACAAUUUACAUUAUCGCAUGAGAUACAAAACCAUCACCGAUACAGGAAGUUUCUACUUGCGACUUGGCGCAGUCGGUUUUGGGAUAGGAAGUAUGAUAAAGAGUGGACUACAGUUUGGAGAGUUCUUUGAGCUUGACUUACGGUCCCCUUGUAUCAACGUCCUACAGCGACUGCUCCCAAUUGUGCAUUUAACAUUCACAUUUGCACAGCUCUACUUUGUCUUUCUUAAUUCCAAGAUGUGUAUCCAAAGUUAUAAAGCAAUUGCACGUUUCGGUCUGAUGCACAUGGUUGGAACGAACCUGAGUGUCUGGACGCGUGAUCUGGUGAAGGAGACCAUUAGAGAGAUCCAUGAACAUACAAGCAUCAAAGAAAAUAAAGUCCACGCAGCACCAGAAGCAGAACCAUUGACCUACACCGGUAGCGGCAAUGGCUCUGAAUACUCAUUCAAUCAAGACAAUGGUGACCUCAGCAUAAUUAUUUCAUCUACAGGCGGUAUUAACACAAGCUUUAAUGCCGGAGUAGACUCUGGCAGUGGUAAAUGUAUCGAGACAAGCCUUAUGAGUAAAGUUGUUGAAGAUGCAGCUCCAUAUUUGUACCCAUGCAGCAUCCAGUACAGUCUCAUCUGUGCAGGAAUCCUGUAUGUAAUGUGGUCCAACAUCGGAAAGCAACUUCUUUACCAAUCUAGCGACGAAGAGAGUCAGCGCGAGGCUAAGGUUCGAUCUCAGAAGCUAAGUGUCGACUGCUCGUCAUCAAGUCGUGGUUUAUUUAUGGGUAUUUUUAUACUGGUGUCAGCUGUUAUCUCAAUGAUAGUCUUCUUCAUGCUAAUCAAUAAUCCGUCUUACACAGACGCAGCCAUCCAGCUAGAACAUCUUUCUCAAGUUGUCCUCAAUGUUAUCGCAUCUAUAGCACUCAUCCUAGCUUUCGUUAGGAUGAAAGAUUUACGAUUUAGUUUGAAAAGCGAGCUCUCCCUCGAAGAAAUGCUACUAAUUGUUUCAUUACCAGGCGAAUAUAUAUUUGGUUUCCUCAGUAUCAUAGCCAUUGGUGUGGAAGGGAUCGAUCGAAGCGGUUUAAUAAUUCUCCUGUCCAGUAUUCUCGCCAUAUUUGAAUCAUCUCUGCAAACUAUGUUUAUAUUGAAUGGUAUACGACGUACAGCUCAUACACCACAAUUACAGAGGCAGAAGACUGGACGAGAAUUUAUUACUUUCCUAAUGGUUUGUAAUAUAGCCAUGUGGGGUAUCUACACGUUUGAGAUUCACCGCUCCGAGUUCAAUCCCGCACAAAUGCGUUUCUAUGGAGUUAUGGCCUGGAAUAUAUUCACACAUAUUUCUAUACCACUUAUUAUCUUCUUCCGAUUCCAUUCUACAGUAUGUCUCUCCAAUAUCUGGAAACAUGCAUGGAAACGAAAGUCAAAUAGUCAAGAAAGUUUGACAAACCUCAACCAAUAAGGACUACUUUGUGCAAUUAUUUCACUCUUUAUUUCAAUUUAGUUUACUUCCUCUUACCCCACCCCUUGAGUUUUUCCUCUUUUUUUUUUUUAGUUUACCCUUCAUUAACUUUUUUAUGGUUAAUAUUUUCCCCCCAACCUCAUAAAAUCAUUUGUUAAAUAAAAAAAAAAUAACUAGUUGAAGUAAAAGGCGACUAAAAUAUGAAAGUGACAUAUAAAGACUUCAAGAAACAAGAGAAAAUACAAAAGGGUUGUACUGAAAAAUAAUUGACUAAUGUUUAUGAGAAGAAUAAGGACCAUUACAUCCUAUACAACAACAAACGUAACAUUCUUCAUCCGAACACUGAAUGAGGUAUAUUUUUUUGUUGGACGUUAGAUAUAAAAUUCGGAAGUUAUGUUCAAACAAGACAUAUAUUUUCUACCAUGAGGAAACACAGCAUCGAAUUGGAUCAAUUAAUAUAAAAGGGUGAGAAAAGAAAAAAGAAUCUUUAUUUUAAGAACAUGACAAAACCACUUUGAUAUAAUAUUUAAAAAUCACAGGAUCCUUUAUCGAUAAUUCACAGUAGUUUGUGUGACAUAAGAUGGUAUUUUUGACAGGAGAAAAAAAAAAAAAUGAAAAACUUAUUUUUAUGUUAAAGUUGUCCAUCGUCGCCACGUUGCCUUGGCUUGUAAGGGGAGAUAACCAUGACUGGGGUGGUUUAAAGAAGACAAAAAAAACUGCUCUGGCUUUAAAUCGGCCAUGUAUCCUAUUUGUACAUAGAAAAUAUUUAGUCAGCAUGCAACAUGCAUUACAUACAUACAUACACACACAUACAUAUAUAUAUACAUAUAUAACACGUCUGUAUACAUGUAUGUGUGUGUGUGUAUCUAUAUAUAUAAAUAUAUAUAUAUAAAAGUACAUAUAUAUAUAUAUAUAUAUAUAUAUAUAUAUAUAUAUAUUUAUUUGUGUGUGUGUAUGUACAUAUGCAUAUAUAUAUCAGUUUGAAUACAUGAUGACUGGGAAAUUUUUUAAUCAAUUUUAUACUCAGUUCCUUUUUACUUUCUACAGAAACUGCUGAUAAUUUGGAGGAAAGUCUGUAUUCUUAAUGCCCUUAAGUUAACUGUUAUGGAAGGACUGAACAAGUUUGGGGCAUCAUCGGAGUGUAUUUCACGUUGUUACAAUACUCCCUUUUUCACCACUCAACAGACUCGUUUCAACGUGGUUUCGACCAAAUAUUCGAGUAUCUAUCUUCGAUCGAUUUCCGUUCACCUGUAAGUUAUUUCUCCAAGACAAACACAAUCACCCUUGCUCCGAUGAUGGCUUAUCAAAGACACAGAAACGUGUGACUCACUGUCCCUCCAUUACAUUUAUCAUAGGAAACGUUAUAUAGAUAUAUAUUCUUCCUUCUUGUUGACAUAGCAGUUUCGUUAGAAAGUGAAAGAAUUAUCUUUCCGUCAUGUUUUAACUGAACAAACAGAUAUGAAGAGAUAUACACACUAGCCAUACUGAUACAUACACACACACAUAUAUAUAUUCACUCACAUACACACACACAAAUAUGCAUAUAUAUAUAAUGGUUUCUUCAGUUUUUCUUGUUUUUUUUUUGUUUACUUUUGUUUUCUUUCAAACAAAACUUUUCUUUUAUUUCUUUUUUUCUUUUUGUUGUUAAUGUUGUUUUGUGUUUUGUUAAAUAUUUUGUAAUUAAUUUCCAGUACAGUACAAAAGAGGCAUUAACAGUACACUGCAGUAUACAUAGAGGUAUUGACAGUUUAGUAUCAUAGAAGUGUGACACUAAAUGUCUUUGAUAGUACAGUAGAUAGUAUUGACAGUACAGUGGAUGGUUCUUGACAGUACAGUCAACUGUUUUGACAGUACAGGAGACUACACUGACAGAACUAUACAAUAAAGUCAUUGACAGUGCAAUGCAGCAGUUAUUCAUGGCCUGUUGAGCUAUAGGCAGACUUUUACAGUAGAAGUAGUGAGAAUAUAUAGUAGAGGGAGUUGUUGACAACAGAGUUAUACAGUUAGAGUCAUUGACAUUACAAUGGAUUUGUUGACAAUACAGUACAGCAGAAUUAUUGACAUUACAGUAGUCAUUAACAGUACAGUUGAGUUAUUGACAGUAAUGUUAUUAAUAAUAUAGUACAGCAGGAUUAUUGACAACAGAGUAAAGUUGACUGUACAGCAGAGUUAUUGAUAGUACAGUAGGGUUAUUGACAGUAUAGUGAAGCUGUUGACAAUAGUGCAGAGUUGGUUGAUAGUGCAGUAUAAUCAUGGUCAGUACAGUACUGUACAGUAUGGAAUGUUCUAAAACUUAUAUUUGUAGAUAUUCUCAGAACAAAAAAAAAAAAAAUUUGCUUGUUUGUUUUUUAAUUCCAAAUAAAAUGGAAACAUUUACAAUAAAAACUACUACUAUUA